AUGGCGAGCGAGACUGAACAAGCUUUCAUCCGAGAGGUUUGGGGGUUACAAGGAACCGCCUACAUUGUUGUCGCCCUUCGCUAUUAUAGCAGAUUUUCGAUCUUAGGAUGGCGAAGUCUAGCCUGGGAUGAUGCCAUCAUGUUUCUGGCUGUAGCCCAUACGGCAGAAUCGCUCAUGGCAUAUCUUGUUGUGGCUCGCUGGAAAGGCCUGGCCAAUAAUGCGAUGACUGACGCGCAGCGUGCAACCCUUGACCAGCAGUCGAAUGAGUGGUAUCUACGAGUGAAUGGGUCAAAGACUCAUGUUGCUGGUCUUAUACUCUAUACUACGCUUCUCUGGCUAUUAAAGGCAUGCUGGUUGGUAUAUUACGCGCGUCUAACAGAGGGAGUUAACAACAUGCAUCGGCUAAUACGCUGUGGCAUCAUCAUCGUUGGUGUGACUUAUAUAUCUUGCUUACUCGUCGCCUUCUUGAAAUGCAUUCCUUUCCACCAUCAGUGGCAAAUUAAUCCUUCGCCAGGAAACAACUGCAUGCCUGCAAUUUCAACUGUCCAAACUAUAUUUGUCAUGAUUACGAAUACACUCACUGAUUUCUAUCUGAUGGCUAUACCGUUACCUGUGGUGUGGAAGUCACAUCUUCCCUGGAGAAAGAAGCUGAUACUUCUAAUCAUGUUUAGCGGUGGUUUUCUUGAAAUGGCAUUUGGUAUUUUAAGAUGUGUUUCUAUCUUUACACUCGGCGAUAUUGAUCCUGCUCAGUCAGGCUACUGGUCUGUCCGUGAAUCUUUCGUUUCGGUCGUCCUAACGAACAUGCCCAUGGUGUACCCGAUAUUUAGAAGGUUUAUCGAAAAGGGUCUUAGUGCGAGUAGAUCAAGAGCCACAAGCCAAGGAGACACUAGGGGUUACAAGCUUAGUAGUAUGCCGGGUCGCACCGCAUCUGCAGUACGAAGGCAGAAUCUCUCCUUUUCCGAGCCGAACGACACAGCAUGGGACUCUGAAGAGCAUAUCAUCGUAGAUAGAGGCCAAGGAGACUCUAUAAAUCGCGAGGAAGGUUCUUUAAACUUCUCGAGACAUCAAACGAUUGGGAUUACAUUCGAUGAAAGUGGGACACCUGGGGGAUCGGCGAGGGCAACGGAUGGAAGCCAUCGGAUCAUGGUUACUAAGGAAUAUACAGUCACAGAAGGGUCUAGGCGUGGUUCAAGUACUAUGAACAGGUAGUAACCUAGGUAGUUUACCUACCUAGGCACACUUUGCUCUUAGAAGAAGUGCCUAGGUUAUGCC